GUAUCAGCAGGGUAGAGAUCUUGCAUUUCCUGUUCACUGAUGUUUUCACAAAGCUCAAAAUGUAGCUUGGCACACAGUGAAUUCUCAAGAGUUAUUUGUUGAACAAAAUAAAAUUAGUGAUGCAAAUAAGGAAAUAAGACUGGGAGUUUGAAGAUAUUUCCUUAUUUUCCUCUAUUUCUAUAUCUGUAUGUCACAUUGAUCAUGUUUUCUGGAGAGCCCUGAAUCUGCAAGGGAAAAGAUAAUUUGACAAACUUAUGGGUGCUCCAUUUUGUCAUGUUUCACAGGUGACAAGGAUCACGGGUGAUUUGUACUGUGCUACUCAUCACUGCACAACUUGCAUUUGAUUUCCACCCAAAUCACAUCUUUCCCAUGACACUCAUCAGUAUUUCCCAAAACUUGGUAAACUGCUUUGCUGGAACUGCCCACUGCUUAUUUGUUCCAGAGUCAUAGACUGUGUGCGCUCCAUUCCCAGCUGUUUCCCAUUCACAAAAAGCUAUCUCCCUCCUCCCUGCUCCCAGCGCAGGAAACCAGCACAUCCUGUAGUCCAGCAUUUUCCAGGAGCUCUGCAGCCAGCAGCCUGUGCUGGGUGGGCGGGGCUCUGUCUCCAGGGCUCUUGCACAGAGCUCUGCAGCCUGAGCAGCCCCAGCUGGAGACCACAGGGCUCCUCUCUCCCAGCCUCCUUCACCAAGUCUGUGCGCUCUAGAUUGCGUUCUCUCUCCUAUCUGGCUCUGCUUUGGACUGAGCCUCACACUAGGGAACGCUGGGAUCUUUGAUUUUACUGUCAGUGAUGGGAAAACUUGAAAAUGCCUCAUUCAACAGUUCCGAGGGCUGCCUCUGCGGGCCUUGGUACAGCCACUUCUUUCUCCCUCUCGCAUUGGUGUAUGUACUGGUUUUUGUGGUGGGAGUGGUGGGCAAUCUUCUUGUGUGCCUGCUGAUUCUUCGGGACCAGGCCAUGAAGACACCCAAAAACUACUACCUGUUCAGCUUGGCUGUCUGUGACCUCCUGGUCCUGCUCCUGGGACUGCCCCUGGAAGUCUACGAGAUGUGGAGCUACUCUCCCUUCCUGCUCCGGCACCCAGGCUGCUACUUCAAAACAGCUCUCUUUGAGACUGUGUGUUCCGCCUCGGUCCUCAGCAUCACUGCGGUCAGCGUGGAGCGCUACCUGGGCAUCCUCUACCCCUUUCGCGCCCAACAGAAAAGCACCUGCCGGAGGGCACGCAGCAUCCUUGGCCUUAUCUGGGGCUUCUCCCUCAUCUUCUCCGUGCUCAGCACCAUCAUCUAUGGCAUUAGGGUCCCCCACAUCCCCAGUGAGACCUGGGUUCCUGGCUCUGCCACCUGUACAGUCAUCAAGCCCACGUGGAUCUACAACGUCUUCAUCCAGGUCACCUCCUUCCUCUUCUACGUCCUCCCCAUGACGCUCAUCAGUGUCCUCUACUACCUGAUGGGGCUCAGGCUGAAGAAAAAUAAAUUCCUUGAGGCAGAUAAAGUGACUGGAGUUAUCCAUAGACCCACCAGAAAAAGAUACAAGAUGCUCUUUGUCUUGUUCUUAGCAUUUGCCAUCUGUUGGGCCCCAAUCCACAUUCAUCGCCUCUUCUUCAGCUUCGUGGAGGAGUGGACCAAGUCCCUGGCUGCUGUGUUCAACCUCCUCCAUGUGGUGUCAGGUGUCUUCUUCUACCUGAGCUCAGCUGUCAAGCCUGUCGUCUAUAGCCUGCUGUCUUGCCGCUUUCAGGAAUCAUUUCAGAAAGUGAUCUCUCCUUCCUGCAAAAGAUGGUACUCCCGGCAUCACUCACGGAAGCCAGCAGGCCAGCAGAACAUCUUGCUGACAGAUCGCCACCUUGUGAAGCUGACUGAAGACACAGGUCCCCAGCUGCCUUGACAGUCAUCCAUCUGCAACUCUCAGCUCUGAACCCAUCCCCAUGAAAGGGACUCUCAGAGAUGCCACCUCUACAAGGCACCUUUUAUCUUUGAGGUACAUUCCUCCAUGUCUCAGCAGUGCAGGGAGGGUCAGGCUAUAAUCUGUGCCUCCUCAUGGGAUGACAGGAAGAUAAAAUGGUUCUGAGAACUCGUGAAUCUGUACCUUGUACUUUGUUAACAUUUGUGAAACUCAGUCCUGGAUCUGGGUCUAAACUGAAGAGCUUUCAGAUAUGUAGUCAUCUUUGCAUCAUCCUAUGUGCCUCAUGUCUCUUCUGGUUUCAUGGUGACAUGACUGGCAAAGCACGGCUGGCCUUAGUGAACAAUUUCCACUGUGAGGAUUGGUUUGUCCCAAGUCACCUACACUGAUCAGGCUGCCGCUUAUAGCCAAUGGCUGCUAGGGGCCCUGGAAGGAAGACACAUAAGUAUUGUUCCACUCUUCAUGAGGUGAGAAGACCUUAUGCAUGAUCUAUUUGACUCACAUACCGCUAUAAAAAUUUGACCCCUUAGAGUCCUGAAACCUUUCAGAUUAAGAGUUCCCUGGAUGACAUGGGAAUGCCCUUAGAGCAGUUAGCCUUGGACCCCAGUCUCCAACUCAUUAUGAGUCCACUCAUCACUGUCAAUGGGAGCAGACACAAGUUCAAUCUAGAAAAGGAUGGGAUAGGAAGAGAGAGAAGGUGUGGAGGUAGGUUGAAAAUGAUCUAAACUCUACCAAAGAAAAUCUUAGUCAUGUUUAUAUUUGGUCCAAACUUGGAUUUCUAACAUCUUGUUUCAUAUACAGACAGAGGUAUUGUCUAUUAUCUUGGGACACAGACAAAUUAAAAGUCAUCUACUGGUCCCAAACUCAUGACUUUAACACACUCAGUCCUUCAUCACCUAAAUAAUGCUCUGCACUCAUAUAAUAGAGGCAAAAAUUGGCUUCCUGGACUCAUCUUCCAUUAUACUAUCACAAGUAAUGUGAUUAUUUUCUACUCUUAUGAGGAUGUGGCCUAUAGAUUUCCCAACCUGUUCAUUUUGGCACAUAGAAUACUAUUAUGAUUUAGAUGUAGUAUCCCCAGAAAGCUCCUGUGUGAGACAAUGCAAGAAAGUUUGGAGGAGAAAUGAUUGGGUCAUAGCCUUUAGCCUAACCAGUGAAUUAAUCCCUGAUGGGAUUAACCAAAGUGGUAGGGCAUGUCUGGCCAGAGGAGAUGGGAAUUGGGAUGUGGCUCUCGGGUAUAUAUUUGUAUCUUGUGAGUGGUGUCUCUCUGCUUCCUGAUCACUGUGAUGUUAGCUGCUUCCUUCCAACACACUCUCCUGAUGUCCUGUCUCACCUCCAGCCCAGAAGAAUGGAGCUCUCUGUUGACCUCUGAAACUAUGAGCUCUCAGAUGAACUUUUCCUCCUCUACAAUUGUGCUGGUGAAUCUUGAAAUCACAGCAGUGAGAAAGCUGACUAAAACAAACACCUUCUACUUAGAAUACCUUCUUUAUCUCCAUAUGUUUGUCUCCUCCCUGUCCCUCAGUGUUCACUUUAAUAUGGUACCUUCUUCCAUGGACCUUGCUUGAUUUGUUUUUCAGGUAAAUAUGUAUCUGACUUCAUUUGUUAAGCUUUGUCUCCACUUGAUUUUGUAUUUCAGUGAUCUAUAGCAUUGCUUGGCAAGAAUGUUAGUUUGUAAAAGGCAUGAAGUAUCUUGUGUUCAUUAUUGUCUCUUACUGGAAUCCUAGCAAUGUAUCACAAUGGUAGGUGUUUAAUAAAUAUGUCAUCAAGUGAGUUUGUUUCACAUUUCAAUGUAUUGAACAAUAGGAACAUUCCAGAUGGAACCAAUUAAGAGCCAAAAGAUGAAGGUUGUGUUUCUCUUAGGGAUACUUGGCCUUCAACUGGUCAUUUGGUCUGUGGUGUAUGAAUGGACUUACUGAUGCUGAAUCAUGCUAGUUCUAACAUUUAGUUUUUGAAUGUCCUGUAAAUUACAUGAACAAUCCCAUUGAUAAAUGGGAGUAUUGUAUCUGAUAUCAUUUACAAUAUAAUAAUCAUAUUCAAAGUGAUUCAAUAUUUUUUUUUAAAUCCUCCUUGCCAAUUACAACCCAACCUUUAUGAAUCAGAAUUCUCCAGUGAUGGUUUACCGUGGUGAACAUAAUAAUGCUCAAGAAUUGAAAACACUCAAAAACAAAUCUAAGACAUGAGGACAAGUAAAUUUUCCUUGGGCUUUUUACAGUAGAACCAUUCUGAAAGAGAAUCUACUAAGGUCAAUAUCUUUAAUAUCAACCUCUAAUGACCAGGACUAAAAGUAUACUGCUGCUGUCAGUGCAUGAACAGAAAAAGAAACCACGGAUUCUGAAGCUAAUUAUUUAGUAUAAGAGUGAAUCGGGUUAUAUAGAAUAAACAUGGGAGUGUUACCCCCACCCCACCUAUUUCUUGAAACAACUGGAGAAGCAUUGGCAUUAAUUCUUUAAGGAUCCUGUAGAAUUCAGCUGGGAAUCCAUCUGAUACCAGGUUUUCUUGAUGGUUUUUAUGACUGUUACAGUCUUACUGCUUAAUAUCAGUCUCUUUAGUUUUUUUUUACCAUUUUCUUGGUUACAUUUGGGUAGGUCAUAUGUCUAGAAACCUAUUAAUUUCUUCUAGAUUUUUGGAUUUACUAGCAUACAAGUUUAUGAAGAGGUCCUCAAUAAUCCUCUAAAUUUCAAAGCUGCAUAAUAAAGGACAAAAAUCAUUUGACCAUGGCAUUAGAUACAGAAAAAAAAGCCUUUGACAAAAUUUUGCCCUAAUUUGUAUUAAAAAGACUAAAAAACUAGGGCUAGAAGGAACUUCUAUAAACAUCACAAAAGCUAUAUAGGGACAAACCCAAAGGCAACAUUAUAGUAUACGGAAAAAAAAAAAAAAGCAUUUUCUUCAAAAUUUGAUACCAGAAAAA